GUCAAUAGAUUCUAAAAUAAAAGCAAUCUUAGCAUUUUUGCAGUUAAACUGCUGUAUCAGAUUUUUCGCCCUGAUUUUUACUAAAAUUAAAUAAAAGAGUCAUCAAUAACUAUGACUAAACAAGAAAAGUUCUUCGGCCCGCUAACACUGCACCAGAAAAGCGAGAAACCAACGAUUUUCAAGGAUAACGAGACCCGUGAAUGCCAGUGCGUUUUGUGUGAAGAGAAAUUCACGUUGCCUGAUGCUGAGAAACCUUUGCUUACACAUUUCUUCAUGAAACAUAGGCUGGUUAUAGCCGAUGUGAAUCAAAUAGCGGAUUUGUUUGAAUACUUGAGAUACUGGCGAUUGAGGUUUGGAGAUGAAAAUCUUCCUUACUUCUGUACUACAAUGUUAUUGGACAGCAAGCCCGAUGGAACAAAAUCUAAAGACGAGCAAUACUACUUGCUUAGCGAUGUUCUACCCGAGGACAAAGAGUUACGGUCAAACUUGCAACAAACAAAACUGGAAAAAUUACUGCAACGACACCAGUUUGAACGAGAAGACAAAAAUUAUGAAAAAGAAUGUCUAUUUUGUAGAUAUGUCUCUAAAGAUACUAGAGCCAUUUAUUUGAAUCAUUUGUAUGAAAAACACAACUUUCAUAUAGCUAAACCGGACAACCUUAUUUUCAUAGAUGACCUCAUAAACACCGUUGCAUCCAAGCUAGAUAAUCUACAAUGUAUUUACUGCGAAGGUUCUUUCAAAGACCGGAUUAUUCUUAAAGAACACAUGAGGAAAAAAGGACACAAAAGAAUCAAUCCGGAAAAUAAGGAGUAUGAUAAAUUCUUUAUGGUAAAUUACAUAGGUGACACACAAACUAAGCAUAAAUAUCAGAAACACCAUAAUCAGAAACAAAAUCAUCAAAAAAUACCAAACCCUCCUGAGGCAAAUGACCGUGAUUCCGUGGACAGUGAUCCAGAGUGGUCAGAAUGGACCGAAGAGAACGGCCCACAGAUAACUUGUCUCCUCUGUGAGCAUACAGAAAUGGAAUACGAGAAUAUUCUUGACCACAUGGAACGUAAACAUGAUUUUUCAUUCACAAAAUCUACUGCAGGCUUAGAUUUCUACCACAAAAUCAAGAUAGUAAACUACAUUCGUAGGCAGAUACAUUUGAAGCAGUGUUUAUCAUGUGAAACGGUCUUUGAUGACUCUAUAAAUUUAGAGAAACAUUUAAAAGAAAUGAAACAUUGGGAACUUAACAAGGAAAAAUGGGAUCAGCCGGAAUAUUAUUUUCCGACAUAUGAAGAUGACUUGUUCUUGUGCUUUAUCAAUGAUGAUGAUGAGAGCUGGUGGGACACCGAGGAACAGGCAGCUGAGAGGACUGAUAACAAUUUUUCUGAUUCUAUUUCUAAAGAGAUGGCUAUGGCUGUUUUAAAUUAAUAAGAAUCAGUUCGGGUCAUAAAAUCUAUUAUGUUCAGGUAAUAAAAUCUAUUAAUUUUUAAAACAUAAUAUAACAGAUUUUAUUACCAGCACUGGUUUUUUGAGUGGCAGUAGGUGUUGUAAGCAUUACCUGGAAAGGCAGAUACUUACUUACUGCUUACUGCUAGCCUUUCUCACAGACAUCUUGUCUGGUUGCUCAAGGCAUAGGCCUCAUCCAUGUUCCUCCACGAGUCCCUGUCCAGAGCCUCUUGGCAGAUUAUCUUGGGUCAAAUGGAUGGCAAGCAUGCGCAAGGAAGAGCACCCACAAGAUGGUAUGAUGCUGUGAAGAGGUGGCGGCAACAUGCAGUACAUGACCGCACAAUAUGGAGACGGAGCAUACAUGGUCGCGAUCCUCAGCAAUGAGGGACCGAGGAAGAAGAGGAAGGCAUUGUAAUAUGGAAAAGUGCAUUGUGGUUGACAUGGUGGAUGGGGUAGUGAACAUCCACCGACCCGCUGGAUAGAUAUAGUAAAGAAGCCCUGCCAGGGAUCUACACAGACAGGCGCCUAUUAGUAGGACGGCAGAAUGUUGCAUGGCCUUGGUGCAUAAUUGCACAUAACAACUCAGUCAUGAGGAAACGAAGAAGAAGGCAGUUUAUUCGUGCAAUAUGUUUGGGUCAUCUUUACAAAUAGAUCUCAAAACAAAAAUUGUCACACCUGAAGAAAUGAAUACUUAUGUGCCCCCAUUUUUCUCUCUGGUUAUUAGCAUUAUAGAAUAGUUAUUCUAGAUAUAUAUAAUACGAUAGAUAGAGAUAGGUAAGUGCGAAAAAUAGGAAUUCGCAUGUGUAUCUUACAAUUCGUACAACGUUUUACAGUACACCCAGGCCCUUUAAAUUUUCGACGUAGUUAUAAGUAGUUAUUUGUUUUACAAGGCGGCAAAGUUGUCGUUUAACCUCGUGAUAAUAUUAAUACCCGAGCAAGCGAAAGAUUCCAAAAUCGAACCACGUGCGUAGCGAGGGUUUCAAGGCACGAGGGCUAAACAAAUUUUGCCACCGAGUGAAACACAAAUAUUUUCACCACACCAACGCGAGGAGAAUACUGACUGUAAAAUAUCAUACAUAAUCAAUUCAAAAUGAAUGUUAUUAAAUAUUUAUCAUUCUAAAUUAUCUUGUAAAAGUCAAUUCUACCAUUUCUACCAGACAACAUAAGAAAACAACUCAACAUUAGCAUGUUAUUAGUUUGCCACACAUGUGGAUAAAAUGCAACUUUCUCAUAAAUUUUUAGGGUUCCGCACCCAAAGGGUAAAAACGGGACCCUAUUACUAAGACUCCGCUGUCCGGCUGUCCGGCAGUCCGGCUGUCCGUCUGUCCGUCUGUCUGUCACCAGGCUGUAUCUCAUGCUCUCAAAUUUCAACUUAAAAAAAUUUCACAGAUGAUGUAUUUCUGUUGCCGCUAUAACAAAUACUAAAAAGUACGGAACCCUCGGUGCGCGAGUCCGACUCCGGCCGGUUUUUGAACAAUCAAGAGAGCUGGUAAAGACCAGCUGGUGUGGUAAAAAUAUUUUUACGCAAUUUGAUGUUUGUAGGUAUAUUAACUUUUUUUUCCGUUCGGAAUACGUAUUCGUCUCGUGUCUUGUAAAUAAAAUGUACCUACCUAUAUUAGAUAUACUUUCUAUUAUAUUCGUUUUAAGUUGAGUUAAAUAAAUUUUAUAGAAAUUACUGG